AUGGGCCAAGGAGAGCAAAUUGAAUUGAUUGUAGAAGAGGUUUCCCGUAAGCUUAAUUCAAGACACAAGAAUGUGACUGAAUAUUGGGUUGAAGAUAGCGCUCAGGUCGAAGACAUAAUGAAAUUGUUGGAUGUUGGGUCUAAUGGUGUACGUUUCAUUGGUAUCCAUGAAUUGCAAAAAGCUCUUAUCGAUUUGGCCGGUCAUGGGAUUGCUAACCAAAUUAAAGAUGUUGAUCAUGGAAUCACAAUGAUAAAAAGAACAUUGAGUAAUAAAGAAGUACUUAUUGUACUUGAUGAUCUAGACAAGAAAGAGCAGCUCGAAAAUUUAGCCGGAAAAUCUGAUUGGUUUUGUUCUGGUAGCAGAAUCAUUAUCACAACUAGAGACGAAAGUGUCCUAAUGGCUCAAGUGGGUGUAUUUGGUAAAGAGGUCCUCAACCAACCUAAAGGCAUUUUCCGUUAUGAAGUUUGUGAAAUGAGAUUUGAUUUAGCACUUCAUUUGUUUUAUAAGCAUGCAUUCAGAAGUGACUACGCUCCAGAAGAAUAUGGUGCUCUUUCAACAGAAAUUGUUCGUACAGUGGGCAUGCUUCCCUUGGCCAUCACAGUGAUAGGGUCCAAUCUUUUUGACUGGGGCAAAGAUUUGGAGCAUUCGGAUAAAAGAGAAGUAUGGGAUGAGACACUAAAGAAGUUAAAGGAAGGUCCUUUUCAGGAUGUCCAAGAUACAUUAAUGAUAAGUUAUAAAAGAUUAGAGGAUAAGCACCGAGAAAUAUUUUUGGGUAUAUUGCCUGCUUUUUCAAUACCGACAAAACAUAUCCGAUUAUCAUGUGGAAGGAUUGUGGAUACUUUCCCAGCAUUGCAAUGA